AUGGACGGCCUGCUUCUUGACACGGAAGAUCUUUACACGCUGUGCGUGAACCUCGUCUUGGACAAAUAUGGACGGCCCCCGCUUCCCUGGUCCGUCAAGGCCAAACUCCAAGGUCGUCCCGGUCCGGCAGCCACCAAGAUCUUCUCCGACUGGGCAAAGUUGCCCAUCAGCACAGAGGAGUACAUGGCCCAGCUCCAUGUUUUCCACAACCAAGUGUUUCCGACUACCAAGCCGCUCCCCGGAGUCGUCGACUUGCUCACCAAGCUGUCGCACCCGGACAUCGAGAAUGUCCACAUUGCCUUGGCGACAAGCUCUCACAAGAGCAACUAUGAGCUCAAAACCGCUCACCUGGGGUACCUUUUGUCCAAGUUUCCAGAUCACCGCCGUGUGCUUGGCGAUGACGCUCGGCUGCAAUCCGGUCGGGGCAAGCCACUUCCAGACAUUUUCUUGCUGGCCCUGAAGACCAUCAACGACUCCCUUCCAGCUGGCGAGAAGCCCAUCACGCCCGAGGAAUGCCUCGUUUUUGAGGACUCUGUCCCGGGCGUCGAGGCUGGCCGAAGAGCCGGGAUGAGAGUGGUCUGGGUUCCACACGAAAAGCUCAAGGAGGAGGUUGCGGGCAGAGAGGAAGAGAUUCUGGCCGGUCGUGCUGGAGAAGCUGGAGAAGUCGACAUGCACCAGGUUGGUGAGAUUGGGGACGGGUGGGCCGAGGAACUGACCACUCUGGAGGCGUUCCCAUUCAAGAAGUAUGGCAUUGUUGUCCCUUCUUAG